AUGCCCCUCCGUCCGCACGAAGAAAUCAUCGCCGGCUUCGUCGCCGGUUGCGCGGAUGCGAUGGCGUGCCACCCCGUGGACGUGGUGAAGACGCAGGCGCACGUGACGAAGGGGACGGUGACGCCGUUCGCGCGGGCGUUGAGGGAGCAAGCGGCGACGCACGGGGUGACAUCGCUCUAUCGCGGCGUCCUCCCGGCGUGCAUGCGACCGCAGGCGCUGUGCAUGUACGUUGGGUUCGAGUGGAGCAAGAAAUUGGUGAGCAAAGACGCGCGGGCGAUGACGACUUCGGAGGCGUUCGCGGCGGGAUGGUUGACGGCGUACGCGGAAAGCGCGUGCGUGACGCCGUUCGAAACGGUCAAAGUGCGGAUGCAGACGAAAGAGAACAUGCAUCGAUACGCAUCGUCGCUGUCGUGCGCGAGAGAAAUAGCACGAACGGAAGGAAUGCGUGGAUUAUACGCGGGAUUUUGGCCGACGUGUCUGCGGAACAAUGUCUUCAAUUCGUGUUACUUUGGGACGAUUCAGUGGUGUAAGGGGUACCUUCCGUCGCCCGAAUCGUUCUCUCAGCAAGCAUCGCAAAAUAUCGGCGUCGGUGUGGUCGCAGGACUCGUCGCGACCGCGUUCAAGAUGCCCUUUGACAUACUGAAGAGCCGAAUGCAGGGACAGGUGCCGAACGCAAGCGGCGCGCUCGAGUACCCAACGAUGACCGAGGCGGCGACGAAGAUACUGCGUACCGAAGGCCCGACCGCGUUCUACAAAGGUACUGCGGUGACCGCAGCGAGAAUAACGCUGGGAUUCCCCAUAUCAUUCGUCGCGUUCGAGGCGGUGGCGUCGUUAUUCGAGGAUGAGAUUCGAUGA